CACACGAAGAAUAGUCGGAUUCCAAAUCUGGAGAUAUGAUCGACGCAGUCCGUUUUCAAAUUCGGCUCCUCCUUUGGCCUCGAGGGGUUCGCGCGGACUUACGAGGAAUUCACUCCUGGAACUUACUCACUUUCUCGUUAUUUUAGAACAUGGCCGAUUGGAACAAGGAUCAAUGGGGAGUCCAACAGGGACAGGGGUAUCCGCCGUUCUAUGUAAAUGGCGGAGAGCCGAAGCCAGGACACUCUCAACCAUACGCACAACCAAUCACUCAGCCACAGUACGAUCUACAAGCAUUUGGAAACCAAAAAUCACCGUUCGAGGACGGUCGGUUUCAGCCGAAGAAGCGGGUCAACGAUAUUUUCUUUCUGAUAUUUUUCAUUCUACAGUUCGUGGGGUUGGUCGUUAUUUCAGGGAUUGCCCUCCCAGAAUACGUGUCUGAUAACGGGCUUGGAGGUGGCGUAGGCAAUGGCUCUCAGGUUGGCUCAUCGGUGACUCUCAAUCGACAUACCGCCUAUCUUCUGCUGUUUGUCACUGCAGCAGGUCUUGUUCUGUCUGUGGCCUACCUCAUGCUCGCACGCCUUUUCACACGAGCCUUGAUGCACAUCACUCUCAUUUUGUCUAUAAUACUCAACAUUGGCAUUUGCAUCUAUUAUUGGACUACUGGCUACUAUUCCGGUGCCAUCAUCUUCACUAUCAUUGCUCUAUUCUCGAUAUUUGCCUAUUUCGGUUUCAGGUCCCGCGUUCCACUGGCAUCCCUUCUCCUGCAAGUAGUGAUGGAUGUCUCCAAGCAUCACAAGAGCGUCUAUGUUGUUUCCUUCAUUGCCUUGACUUUCCAAGCUGCUUUAAGUGUGUGGUUCUCCUACGCGGUGAUUGCGAUAUAUACGAAAUGGACACCUGGAAAUCCAAGUUGCGGCAAUGGGACGUCUUGUUCUGGAAGCACCGUGGCAGGCUUGAUAUCCUAUGCAGUAUUCUCAUACCUCUGGACAUCUCGAGUCAUUGGUAACAUCGCCUUAGCUACUCUCGCUGGCGGAGCGUACGGAAGUUGGUAUUACUUCGGACCUCGAGAUCAAGGACAGAUGCCGAAGCAUCCAACCCUCAGCGCUUUUGGACGUGCUUCAACACUCUCUCUUGGGUCGAUAGCAUUUGGAUCCCUUAUUGUCACUGUUCUGGAUGUAAUUCGCCUUAUACUGAAUGCUGCAAGGAACAAUGCAAAUGCGCAAGGAAGUUUCGUAGAGGCGUGUCUUGCAUGCUGCGCACAGUUCUUCGUUGGAUGUAUCGAAGGAUUAGUAAAGUACUUUAACAGAUAUGCCUACAUUGAGAUCGCGCUCUAUGGAAAGCCCUAUAUUAAAGCAGCAAAAGACACUUGGGCCAUGUUCAAGGAUCGUGGCAUCGAUGCGCUCGUCAACGAUUCUUUGGUCGGGAUGACUUUGACGUGGGGCGCCUAUAUCGUUGCGCUUCUUUGCUCACUUUUUGGGUAUCUAUACCUGCGCCUGACACACCCUGCCUACAAUUCCGAUGGGCAGUACACAGCACCGGUUGUCUUUUUUUCGUUCAUCAUUGGAUUGCAAUGUUCAUUGACAAUGUCAACUGCCAUUGAGGCUGGUGUGUCUACUAUCUUCGUGGGUCUCGGAGAAGAUCCGCAAGUAUUAGCUACGCGCGCACCUGAUUUAUUUGGCCUUAUUGCUCGUACCUAUCCUCGUGUAGUUCAAGGGGUACCGAGGGUCUGAUCCCCUUGGUGCGCCUUUGUCUGGAUAUCGUAUGUCGACGUGAAAACAUGUUCUUGUACAGGGAAAGCCUCAAGUAUGAGCAUGAAGGCCAGAGCCUGGCAGAUAGGAAGUUGACCACGGUUACAGUGAAUCGAACUA